CAGUGCAGGUGUCCUUGGGUUUCUUUCUGACACCUCGGAGACAGGACCCGACCGUAAGUAGCCUAAAACUGUUGAGGGGGAAUCAAAGCUGAUAAAAAUAAUAAAUGUUUGAUCUGCCAUGAAAUCCAAAAGGAGCAGCGAAGGAAAGAUAUGCUCGUCUGGAUGAGAGACCCCCGCUGGGUGAAGACACGCAGCGUAUGUUAGCUGAGCCGUGAAAGCUCGCUGCCAUUGACUGGAGCUGAGGCUGAAAUGGGAGCAAAACGAUGAAAACCGAGCGCACGAGAUUGAUCAUCCUCGCGCCAAGCGUCGCAUCACUGAUCAUUUAAAGGUAUUAUACAUCAUUUACAGAUUAGCAAUCCGCGAUAUUUGCCACUGUCUGGACAUUGUCAAUCGAUGCUGACAGGUUGAACGGCGGCAUUUAUGGUCGUCAGGCAAAUUCCAUUUUUCCCUCUGCAGAUGUGGGCUGCAAGAAGAAUAGGGCCUGUUCGGUGGGUGAAGGGAUUUAUCACUGAUCACGAAGAACAGCAAAUCGGUGUUGAUAAUCACUUGCAUUACAAGCUACUCAUGGACGAGUCUACUGGACUGUUUUCACAUGUAAUUGAUAAUAUGACAUGUUUAGGUGAGAUGCAUACAUGUUGAAUUUUGCCCACAUGAAAUCCACUGAAUAAGGAGGAGCAGCUGCAAAAGCUUUAUUGUAGCGGCACCUUGAAAAGCAAACAAAACCGGAGCUGGUUUUCUCUCCUGACAUUGUGCUGAUCAAGAUGCGAGUAACCUGAUUGUAUGUCAACACUCUGCUGGAUGUGAGGCCACACAUGCAACAAUGUCAAGCUCUCAGGCACCAGAUAUGGCCACAAAUUUCACCGAUGUUCCCUGGGAGCCUGGUUUCAUCGGCUCGAGGCAAAACCUGGUCUGGUCCUCCACUUUUAACAGCGUGGUGAAGAUGGUGCUCAUAUCUGUCAUUGUGUGCGUGUCCUUGUUUGGGAAUGUGGUGGUUCUGCUGGUGUUCCAGAGGAAGCCUCAGCUCCUUCACGUGGCCAACCGCUUCGUCCUCAACCUCCUAUUGGCAGACCUUCUCCAAACCAUAUUAGUCAUGCCCUUUGCCAUUGCAGCCACCGUGCCAGGUGUGUGGCCCCUGGAUGCCCGACUGUGCCAGGCUCUCGUGGUGCUCAUGCACCUUUUCGCAUUUGCUGGGGUCAACACCAUUAUAGUUGUCUCUGUGGAUCGCUACCUGGCCAUCAUCCACCCCCUGUCCUAUCCCACACGCAUGACCCCUCACCUGGGCACUAACCUCAUCAUCUGCACCUGGGUGCUCAGCUUCCUGCAGAGCACGCCUCCCCUCUACGGCUGGGGGGCUAUCGACUUUGACCGCCAUCACAACGUGUGCUCAGUGGUAUGGUCCUCUAGCCUGUCCUACUCUGCUGUGGUGUCCACCUUCUCCUUCUGGCUGCCCGUGCUCAUCAUGCUCGGAUGUUACUGGAUGGUGUUCAGAGCGGCUCGGAGGCAAAACGCACUUGUGCACCCCAUACAGACACAAUUCUACUGCCAGCCCUGCCCUCAGGACUUCCAGGGACCAAGCAGUCCACAGCGGCAGCCUCAGCCCCAGCAGGGCAGUUCACCUGAUGGCCCCUACUCAGCCAGAGGGCACCCUGUUCGAGUUAGGCACAGACGCUUCCACUACCACUGCAAGGCAGCUCGUGUAGUUUUCGUGAUCAUGGCCUCAUAUAUCCUUAGCAUGGGGCCUUACAGCAUCCUAAAUACUAUAUCUAUGAGUGCCAGAGCAGCUGUACCCCCCUGGCUGUCCUCCCUUGCCCUUGUGCUCUUCUUUUUGCAGUGUUGCCUCCACCCGUACAUUUACGGAUACAUGCACCGCAGCGUGAGGAAGGAAUUCCUCGCGUUGCUCUGCGGGCUGUUCUGCAAACAGGGCCGUCCCAGCCAGAGCUCCGCCGUGGAGAGCGGCUUCACAACCACAGAGGGACGUUUCGGUGCCCACCCUCACCUACCCAGCCUGACUGCCCGAGUCUUCCCACUGCGGACUUGGGAAGAGUGCACAACAUCCUCCUCUCCCACUUUUGAGAGGAAGUCAAGGGACAGCCGCAAAGAGACCACCUCGACCAGCGUCAGCUCUGAGAGGGAGCUCACAGUCCACAGCAAACGAAGCACGUAAACUGCCUCGAUGAUUCAUCGGAUGGACCGUGUACAAUCGUAGUCUGUUCACACAUAAGCUAACAUGCCUUCUUGACAACAGGGUAAUUCCUUCUGAAGUUGCUGGCAUUAGGAAUAGUGGUAUUACCUACUUGGUCACCUUCUAAUUUUUG